AUGAAAUUAAAGGUGCGUCCUGGACACCUGUGUCUAGGAAAGUUCUUUAAGGAAGCACCUUCGGUGUUUAAGAAGGACUGGGUUUUAAGUGAUCACCAUAUUGAAACGGCUUUGUUAGACUUAGGGGCAAGUGUGAAUUUAUUGCCAUACUCAAUGUAUAUGCAAUUAGGCUUAGGAGAGAUCAAACCAACUCGAUCAGAUUUCAUUGUCCUUGAUACACAACCUGUACCUUCAGGUCAAAAACAAAUUCCAGUCAUCUUAGGCCAUCCAUUCCUUGCCACAUGCAAUGCAAAUAUUAAUUGUAGGAAUGGACUAAUGAAUAUCUCAUUUGGCAACAUGACUGUUGAGUUUAAUAUUUUCAACAUAAGCAAGCAACCAUCAGAUGAUGAAGAGAUUUGUGAGAUCAGCUUGAUUGAUACUAUGGUGGAAGAUUCUUUUCAUUACUCUAGCAUUAAGGACCCAUUAGAGGCAUGCUUAGCUCACUUUGGGGCUAACUUUGACUUCGGAAAAUCUUUUGAUGAAGUCAAUGCAUUGUUAGAUUAUGUUCCCUAUAUUGAAACGCCCACUUGGAAACUUAAGGUUGAACCUCUUCCUCUUUCCACGUCACCUCCACUUCCUUCCAUGAUAGAGCCCCCUAAGCUGCACUUAAAGCCAUUACCUGAUACUCUCAAAUAUGUGUUCCUAGAGUCUUCUAAAACCUUGCCUGUAAUCAUAGCUUCGGACCUUAAUAACAAACAGGAAGGUAAAUUUGUCAAAAUGCUUAAAGAACAUAAGGAAGCCAUAGGGUGGUCUAUAGCUGACAUUAAGGGUAUUGCUCCUUCUAUUGUCAUGCAUAGGAUUCAUAUGGAGGACAAUGCCAAGAAUUCCCAAGAACCACAAAGGUGGUUAAAUCCUUCCAUGAAGGAUGUUGUUAGAGAUGAAAUAUUAAAGCUUUUAGAUGUUGGGGUGAUAUACCCAAUGUCUGACAGUAAAUGGGUGAGUCCUGUGCAAGUAGUGCCAAAAAAGUAUGGCAUCACAGUUGUCAAAAAUGAGAAAAAUGAGCUCAUUCCUACACGAGUCCGAACUGGAUGGCGUGUAUGCAUCGACUGUCAAAAGUUGAAUUCUGUCACGAGGAAAGAUCAUUUUCCUCUACCUUUCAUUGACCAGAUGUUGGAGAGGUUAGCUGGUCAUGCAUAUUACUGUUUCUUGGAUGGUUAUUCUAGUUAUAACCAAAUUCCUAUUGCACCUGAGGAUCAAGAAAAAACCACAUUCACAUGUCCUUUUGGAACAUUUGCCUACCGACGCAUGCCCUUUGGGUUGUGCAAUACACCUGCUACAUUUCAGCGGUGUAUGGUCUCUAUAUUCUCUAAUAUGGUAGAACGAUUCUUAGAGGUUUUCAUGGACGAUUUUUCAGUAUAUGGAUCAUCGUUUGAUGAAUGUUUGCACCACCUUUCGUUGUAA